GGGACCCCAAGGUGCCGGUGCUGUACGAAGUGGACCGGACCCGUACAGGGAAGAGCUUCUCUGUUCGUUCUGUAAAGGCCAUCCAGCAUGGAAAGCCGAUCUUCACCUGCCAGGCCUCCUUCCAGCUGUCCCAGGGGAGCCCAGUGCAGCACCAGUUCACCAUGCCUGCCGUGCCACCCCCUGAGGAGCUGCUGACACAAGAGGAGCUCAUCCAGAAGUUCCUGCAGAACCCUAACUUGGCGGAGAGGUACAGAAAGCACCUCAACAAGAUCCAAGCUGAAGAUGUGCCGAUUGAUAUCAAGCCCGUGAACCCGCCAGACGUCUUCUGCUCGGAGCCGCAGGAGCCAAAGCAGCUCUUCUGGGUGCGAGCACGAGGCUACAUAG